UGUCCCGAACCAGUUCAUAUGACAGACACAAUAUUCAGUGACAGCAAGGUGGAAGAAAUUAGGACCAAUGAACAGAGUGGCAACGAUCAUAAAGCAUCUCUCGAAGGAACAGGAGAUUGCAGAACUGAUCCGAGAAUCAACAAGGGCCGUGCGAAGGAUGUUGUGAAUGUACAGACCUCGCCCAGGCUGUUGGACUUCUGGAAUGAAGAUAUGGCAAUCAUAGAUGUCAAAGGUGGAGAUAGGCACACAUUAUAUCAGCUUGAGGAUGGGAGUGUAUGGUCCACUGGCAUGAACAAGUACGGCCAGCUUGGUUUGGGCGACACAGCCGAGAGGAAUGAACCUUGCCUGGUACCAGUCACAGGCGUCAGAACAAUGUUUGCUGGGGGAUGGAUUUCAGUGUUUAUUGCAACGGACACUAGUGGGAGAUGACAUGUGGUUUGCUGCUGCUGUGAGCACUCUGUGUAUAUAUAUUAAUUUAAAUUUGUUUAUAUGUAUGUUGACAUGUAUGUAAGCACAUGUACAUAUAAAUACACAAAUUACCAAUCUUUUUAAUUAAGAAAUGAAAUAUGUCUCUUCAUUAAUAAAUGGAAAUUCGGUU